AUGGCUGCCACAACUCCUCGCCGAGCCCUUAAACCGAAAAGAAAUCCCAUCACCGACGACUAUGUCAUUUCCAAGAAAGUUCUAGGUCUAGGAGUCAAUGGUAAAGUUUUAGAGUGCACUCGAAAGGGCAGCAAUGAAGUGUUUGCCUUGAAGAUUCUCAAAAGCGUACCUAAAGCUAGAAGGGAAUUAGAUUUACACUGGCGCUGUUGUGAUCACCCAAACAUUGUCAAAAUUAUCGAUGUCUACGAAAACAGAGAUAGUAAAGAUAUUUACUUGCUAGUGGUCAUGGAAUGCAUGAAAGGUGGUGAAUUAUUCGACCGCAUUCACAAGAGAGCUAAUAGCGCUUUUACUGAAAGAGAGGCCGCCGAAAUUAUCAACAAUAUUGCUAGCGCCGUGGCUCAUUUGCAUGUAAUGAACAUUGCACACAGAGAUUUGAAGCCGGAAAAUUUACUCUAUACGGAUAAUACACCCAAUGGAAUUUUACAGCUGACCGACUUUGGUUUUGCCAAAGAAGUUAACGACAAAUCCCUUAAAACACCCUGCUAUACUCCGUAUUAUGUUGCUCCUGAAGUAUUGGGACCAGAAAAAUAUGACACAUCGUGUGACCUAUGGUCUCUUGGAGUUAUCGCCUAUAUCCUUUUAUGCGGAUACCCUCCUUUUUAUAGCGCUGGUGGAGCUCCUAUGUCACCUGGUAUGAAAAAACGCAUUCGAAAUGGCCAGUAUAGAUUUCCGGAUGCCGAAUGGGCCAGGGUAUCUCAAGAAGCUAAAGACCUUAUUAAAGGGCUAUUAAAAACCGACCCCAAUGAACGCUUAACCAUUGAUAAAGUGUUAAAAUGUAACUGGGUAAAAAAAUACAAAGAUGUUCCAGAGACGCCACUGUUAUCUGCAACAGUACUAAAAGAGGAAAAAGAUAUGUGGGUUGAUGUCCAGGAGGAAAUGACGAGAACGUUAAACUCCUUUAGACUAAAUACCGAAGAAUGCCGCUUCAAAGAUUUAAAGAUGAACUCCAACACUAACCCUCUUUUGAAGAGAAGGCAGCAAAAGAAAAGUAUUGAAAACUAA